AUGGCCGAGUGCCCCUCCUUCACGGAGUACACAACCGUGCACCCUGACCGCCUGUGGAUCUGGGAAAGGGGCGUCUAUGUGGACGAGAACCAGCGCACCUGGGUGCCUGUACUCAUUGAGAUGCACAACCACCUCCAAGUACUCAUGCGUCAGGAAAAUGUCCCCUUGGGGGAGGCUGUGCGCCCCAGUCAGCUGCCUCCAUCUCUACUGCCUUUGAUGUGGCAGCUCUACCCUGGAGGAAGGUACCGGAGCUCAGAUUCCAAUUUCUGGCGCAUAGUGUACCAUAUCGAGUUCACCGGCAUUGAAGACAUGCUCCUUGAGCAGCUGCCAGACCCGGAAUGA